AUGUUCCUGGUGCUGCCUUCGGUGGGCACUCGAAUCACCCACAGGUUGUAUACUCACAAGGAAUCGUUGUUGCUUAGUUGGCUGACGAAAAAUUACUCAAAGAAAUCAGGGUCUUCUCACAGAUGGAUACAAAGACAAAGAGCCGAUUUGUACACGCGCGACUCAAGACAUUACGAUUACAAGUCAAGAGCAGCGUUCAAACUACUUCAAAUUGAUGAAAAGUUUGGAAUUUUCCCCCAGAAUCGGAUCUCCAACAUACUCGAUCUCGGCGCAGCUCCAGGAGCAUGGAGCCAAGUUGCCCUCGAGCGUUGUCGGAAAGGUUCAAACAUUCUUGGGGUGGAUCUGCUUGUAUACCAACCUCCUAAUGGAUCAUCUUCUAUGCAAGCAAAUGUCUUGAGUAAGAAGACCCAUGAAAGCAUAAAGGAACAUUUCAAAGUUGUAGAGAUGGAGAAACUGAAACAAAAAUUCCAACCAAUUGAGGUGAUCGGUAAUCAAACGGCUUUUGAGAUACAAGGUACGUCAAUCAUAGAUUCAGAAUCUGAAUUAAGCAAAAUUGAGAAAAAACAACAGGAGCGGCCAUUGCAAAAUCUUUACAACGAUGAGCUAUACAGACCUGUGGAUGUGGUUUUAAGCGAUAUGUAUGUUCCCUUUCCUCAGAUUGGAGGGUUUGCGAAUCAGACUACUAACAUGCCAUAUAUAAGGAUGGCUAAUACUUCAGGCUUAUCGUUCAGAGACCACGCCAUGUCAAUGGACUUAUGUGACGCUGCUCUUAUAACGUCCAUAGACUUAUUGAAAAAAGGCGGCAGUUCUGUGAUCAAGUUUUUCACGGGGCAAGAUGAUAAUUCCCUUCAGAAAAGGCUCACGCACGUCUUUCGCAAAGUGAUCCGUUUCAAGCCAAAGGCAUGCAGGCCAGAAUCCAAAGAAUGCUAUUUUGUUUGCUUGGAUAAGGUUGACGACUUCGUCGAUAAAAAACAGGUUUUCCGAGCCGCAUAA